AAAAAAAAAAAACUCAGCUGGGAGAACCCGGCGAGACAGACCAAUGUUUGUCUCCCUGUUAGAAAGGCUUUUAAUUUCUUUUUUUGGACUAAGCUUUACUUUAGUUGGACUAUUGCAGUUUCACAGUUGAGCUUUAUUGGAAGUAAAUCUGAGGUUGUGCUGGACAGAUACUCUGCUUUUCAACCUUAAUGAAGUUAAUGCCUACUUUUAAGGCCGACUACAGGUUGACCGUAGGUGUAGAUGUGUGACAGCGGAGUGUGUGAGGAUAAGCCCCCCGCCCCCCCUGUCAGGAUGAGCAGCCAAGGAGGAGGAGCCAAGGAUCCCCAGUCGGCCAAUCACAGCUCUCGGCCGCUGCCGUCUGCCCCAGAGGAGAAGAAACCCAGGAACAAGAUCAUCUCUAUGUUUGAUAAAGGUGAGAAAGGAUCUAAAAAGAAGGAUAAGGACAAGGACAGGCCUGAAAUCUCCUCCCCAUCAGACUUUGAACACACCAUCCAUGUUGGUUUUGAUGCUGUCACUGGAGAAUUCACCGGAAUGCCGGAGCAAUGGGCCCGGCUUCUUCAGACCUCCAACAUCAGUGAAUCGGAACAGAAGAAGAAUCCCCAGGCUGUCCUUGAUGCUCUCAAGUUCUACGACUCCACCAGUGGGAAACAGAAAUAUCUCAGUGUUUCUGCUUCAGACAAAGAUUCCCAGAUGUCUGGCAAAAAAGGUACAGCUACCUCUCCGUUAGCAAGAGAUGGAGAUGAUGAUGACGACGAUUCGCCACCUCCAGUUAUUGCACCAAGGCCUGAGCACACAAAAUCGGUGUACACAAAGUCGGUCCCAUCCCAUGCCCCGGAGUCAGACGGUUCCAAGGCUGCAGACCGACAGAAACCGAGGACGGGCAAGAUAUCUGAUGAAGAAAUUAUGGAGAAAUUAAGAAGUAUUGUCAGUGUUGGAGACCCCAAAAAGAAAUAUACCCGCUUUGAAAAGAUCGGCCAGGGGGCCUCUGGUACAGUUUACACAGCCAUAGAUGUUGCCACAGGUCAAGAGGUGGCCAUAAAACAGAUCAACCUGCAGAAACAACCAAAGAAAGAGCUCAUCAUCAAUGAAAUCCUGGUCAUGAAAGAGCUGAAGAACCCCAACAUUGUCAACUUUGUAGACAGUUUCCUGGUUGGGGAUGAGCUUUUUGUGGUGAUGGAGUAUUUGGCCGGUGGCUCUCUGACUGAUGUGGUGACGGAGACGUGCAUGGACGAAGCUCAGAUCGCUGCCGUUUGCAGAGAGGUCCUGCAGGCUUUGGAGUUUCUUCAUGCCAACCAGGUCAUCCACAGAGAUAUUAAGAGCGACAAUGUACUUCUAGGGAUGGAUGGAUCAGUCAAACUCACCGACUUUGGCUUCUGUGCCCAGAUCACCCCUGAGCAGAGCAAGCGCAGCACCAUGGUGGGAACUCCGUACUGGAUGGCCCCUGAGGUGGUGACCAGGAAGGCUUACGGACCCAAAGUGGACAUUUGGUCUCUGGGGAUCAUGGCUAUAGAAAUGGUGGAAGGAGAGCCUCCGUAUCUCAAUGAGAAUCCUCUCAGGGCAUUGUAUUUGAUCGCCACCAACGGGACUCCUGAGCUGCAGAGUCCAGAGAAGUUAUCUCCCGUCUUCAGGUCUUUCCUGUCCUGUUCUCUGGAGAUGGAUGUGGAGAAACGAGGUUCUGGUAAAGAGUUGCUACAGCAUCCAUUCCUGAAGCAGGCGAAACCUCUGUCCAGUCUGACGCCUCUCAUCCUGGCAGCCAAGGAGGCAAUGAAGAGCAAUCGCUAACACCACUCUGCCCCCUUGUGUUUAAAGACUUUAAAAAAAAAUUACAUGGACCACCUACUGUCUUUCUGUGAUUUAUAUAUAUAUGAGGACAAGAAGUCCAUCAAUGUUUAUGUUUUCGUAGUUGUCUUAAGGUGCUGCUCCACCCUCUCUUUUGUUUCUGGACUGAUACUCUUAUAAAUCCCUGCUUCGCUAAAAAAAAGCUGCUUGACGCCAAAGGGAGUUCUUUAAUAGUCUCAUGUGCAGCUUGUUGCUUGAAACAAUCCACAAAUGCAAUGUCAGACAGGUCAAAAGAGAAAUUCUUUUAAUGCAUAAAAAGUUUAACCCCAAACAGUGUUUAAGGGGAAUCUUUUGUUGAACGAACUCGGUCAUAUUACAUCUGCAACUAUUUUCACUGGUAGUCUUUAGUUACAUUCUAGUCUGGUCCUAGAACCGUAAAACCUUUUCUGUGCUGGGGCCCAGAAUGAGACAUUGUUCUCUUUGUGCUGUGAAAAAAAAAAACCUCAUCAGUAUCGUUUUUUUAAACCGUAAAAAUCAGUAAAAUCGAGUUAUCACAACGAAUGAUGGAUACUUAAUCAUACAAAAUAUACAACUUUUGAAUUAUUUUCUAUUAUCUUUUUCUUAUAUGUUGCAAAUCUCAUUAUCCAGAUAUUCAUCUCAAACAUUUUUGUAAAGUUUCCAGUACCUUUUGCGGGCACAAUCUAUGCAAGCUCAUCUGAAUGCAGGUUACUUGAUAAAAACUUUAUCUUAAAAAACAUUCAGUUUUUUCUUUAUACAGUUGCUCCUCUGCAUGCACCGUUUAUCUUUCACUUGGUGUCAUUCUUUCUCUUCAUCUUUUGAUCCCUGUGCAACACAAUUAUCCUCUAUACCAUGUUCAAAGUUAUACUGGAGUUUAUUUUUUGUUACAUUGUCUGUAUAUUGUGUAAUGUCUUGUACUUUUAACAGCUGAUAAUAUAUAAAUAUAUAUUGUUACUUCAUUGUAGUAACUAACAGCGGUGGACAUUUUUAAAAUCUAUGUUUCUCUUUAUAUUCUGGUUCAGUGUCAGUCCCCUAGUUUUGUAGAGUUAUGGACUCCAAACUGUGUGAUACCUUAAUAAUCCAGCUUCAUGUUAGAUUACCAGUUAAACCAGGGGAUUACUGUAGAAAAUAAGUACAUCAAAAUGUCUCUUUAACAAGUGUUUACUGGAGUACAAUUCUUAUUGGGUACCUGACAGGUUAACUUUGAAGAAAA